CAAUCAAUAGUAGAAGUUAACUAAUUCCUCCGUCUCUAAAACAUGUUCUUGUUUCAUUUUUUGCGCAUCUCAUAAAACACUUCUACCAACAUCUAAAUUGUUUAAAAUUUACUGCAUAUCUCUUCUUUUGUUAUAGGUAGAAAUUGUUUUGAAAAUUUUUUUGGCAUUUAAGGUUGGAGAGAAAUGUUUUAUGGGAUGCGUAGAAAAUGAAAGAGAAUGAGGAAGUAAUAAACAAGCACGAGUACGGAAAAAUGGAAAAAUCAAAAUCACUCAUGAGAAAAAGUCGUGUAUCCCUUUUCAAGUGGGAAAUCACAUUCUCAGAAAACCUCGGACCAGAUUCCCAGCAAAAAGAAAGAAAGAAAGAAAGAAAGAAAGAUAAAAAAAUGAUUAGGAGAAAUAGCAGUGGAAUGAAGAAAGGGGAUUUAGAGGGAACACUGGUUGCACUAUCUGUCCCUGCUAAGGACCGACCUCCCCUUUUCGGGACCGAUUCGGGAACGUUUAAGGAUGGGGAUCUGCUUGUCAACAAAUUUGGAAUUCAAAUUAUCUCCGAAAAUCACGCCCCACAGGCUUCAGUUAUGGGGCCAUCAGAUCAGCAUCUAUGCUUGGCAGACUUUGAACCUAUUAAAGUCAUAGGGAAGGGAAGCGGCGGAGUCGUGUGGCUCGUCCAAAAUAAGUGGACACAACAACUCUUUGCUCUCAAGGUCAUUCAACUGAAUAUUGAAGAGUCCAGUCGCAAGCACAUUGCGCAAGAAUUGAGAAUAAACCAGUCAUCAAAGUGUCCUUACGUAGUCAUAUGUUUCGAAGCAUUUUUCGAAAACGGGUCUAUCUCCAUGAUCUUGGAGUACAUGGAUGGUGGGUCCCUUGCAGAUUUCUUGAAAAUGGUCAGAAUUAUCCCAGAACCAUAUUUAGCUGCAAUCUGCAAGCAGGUACUUAAGGGGUUGUGGUAUCUUCAUCAUGAAAAACAUAUCAUCCACCGCGACUUGAAGCCGCAAAAUUUGUUGAUAAAUCAUAGAGGUGAUGUCAAGAUUACUGAUUUUGGUGUGAGCGUGAUACUCAAGAGCACGUCUGGAGCCGCGAGUACCUUCAUUGGCACCUAUAAUUAUAUGUCUCCAGAAAGAAUUGCGGGACCACGCCAUGGAUAUAGGAGCGACAUUUGGAGCUUGGGUUUAGUUCUUCUCGAGUGUGCAGCGGGUGAUUUCCCAUACUCCCCACCCCAGAAAGGGCAAGCAGGAUGGACAAAUGUCUUUGAGCUUAUGGAGACCAUAGUGAAUCAACCUGAGCCUCGUGCGAAUCCUGAUAUAUUCUCUCCACACUUUUGCUCAUUCAUUGCUUCCUGUGUGCAGAAGGACCCCAAGAAAAGAUUGUCAACAAAUGAACUAAUGAAACACCCUUUCAUCGACAUGUACGACGAUCACAAUAUUGAUCUCGCGUCUUACUUUGCUCCCGUAUCGUCUCUCCUUCCAACACUUUGAGCUAUUUAUAAUUGGUUUGUUUCCACUUCAAUCUGCAUACAUUCACAAGUGUUGGUCUGCAAUCACACCUUGGAUAUUAUUUAAAACUGGCUGCUGCCUCCAUUCUCUUUCCAUUACAACUUUUUUAAUAAUUAAAAAUUGAAUGAAUGUAGACAUAAUCUACGUCCACAUACAUUCAAUUUUAAAUGUACCAAUAAAGUCAUAAUAGACUGUUAGAAAUAGUAGAAAACAUCUUAGGGCAUGUUCUUUAGGACUAGAAAAAAAGAGCUGGAUGUUGG